AUGAGCAAUCAAGUCCAGUCCAUCGAGCAGUUCGACUUCAUCGUCGUCGGGGGAGGUACCGCUGGUUGCGCCGUCGCCGGCCGUCUAGCCGAAUCUCCCAACGUCCGCGUCCUGGUAAUCGAGGCCGGUAUUGGCAACCCGAAAGACAUUGACGCCAUUACUACGCCGGCCCGGGCUUUCGAGCUGCGCGAUAGCAAGUAUGACUGGGCCUACAAGACGACCAUGAUCGACCGUCCCGACUACACACGCGUUGAGAAGCCCAACACACGGGGCAAGACCCUUGGUGGUUCUAGCUGUCUCAACUAUUACACUUGGAUCCCCGGCUCGGCCGGAACCUUCGACGACUGGGCUCCUUAUGGCGGAGACGAGUGGAAAUGGGAUAAUUUCCGGAAGUACCUUUAUAAGCCGGCGACCUACCACGACGACAGGACCCUUUUCAGCGAGGAGCUGAAGUACAUCGGUACCGACGGCCCUAUCCCCGUCUCGCAUUCAGAUCUAGUUCCUGAGAUAAAGGGCUUCCGAGAUGCCCUGACCAAGGCAUGGACUAGCAAGGGUGGGGAGCUGACAGAUGACGUCCAUAACGGUACCAUGCGUGGUCUCUGGAAAUGCACCAACAGUAUUUACAACGGCAAGCGUUCCUCGAGUUGGCUUUACCUCGAGGGUAAGACGAAUAUCACUGUACUUUCCGGCACCAAUUCCAAGCGCUUGCUCAUCGACGCCGCCACGAAGAAAUGUGUCGGCGUCGAGGUAAUUCUACCCUCAGGCGAGACGCACAGCUUCAAGGCCAAGUACGAAACCAUCGUCUCAUCCGGCGUGUUCGAAAGCCCCAAGUUGCUUAUGCUCAGCGGAAUUGGCCCCAAGGCUGAACUGGCUAAGUUCAACAUCGAGACGAUCGUCGAUUCACCACAUGUCGGCCAGAACCUGCUAGACCACCCUAUCCUCCCGCACGUCUUCCGUAUCGAAGAUGGCAACGGAUUUGACCAGCACCUCCUUAGGGCCGGUCUUGAGCACGACGCGGCUGUCAGUUCUUACCGAUGGAAGAACCAAGGUCCCUACACAUCCGGUCUGCUCGAACUGGUCGGUCUGCCGCGUAUCGACGAGCGCCUGAUGAAGUACCCCGAGUACGUAGCCGCCAAAGAAGCCAACGGGGGUCUCGACCCCUUCGGUCCCGCGGGUCAACCGCAUUUCGAAAUCGACUUCGUCCCCAUGUUCAGCGACGCCUUCCAGUGGCACAUCCCGACUCCGCCUAAGGGGGACUACAUGACAGUCAUCGUGGACCUGCUACGGCCCCAGAGUCGAUCGGGCACAGUAGAGCUCAACAGUGCAGACCCGCUGGCGCAGCCUAAGAUCAACCUAAACUUCUUCGCCGAAGACCUGGAUAUCCUGGCGAUGCGCGAGGGCAUCCGCUGGGUAGACGACGUGCUGAUGAAUGGCGAGGGCAUGCGCGAUAUGAUCCGCGAGGACUACCCGUGGCCGAUGCCGCGGACCUCGGACGCGGCGAUGGACAAGAUGAUCCUCGAGCGCUCGCAGACGGGCUUCCACCCCUGCGGAAGCACACGCAUGGCGCCUAGCAUCGCAGAGGGCGUCGUCGAUGGUAAACUCAGAGUGUUUGGUAUCGAGAAUCUAAGGGUCAUCGACGCGUCUGUGAUCCCGGUAAUCCCAGACUGCCGUAUCCAGAAUUCGGUCUAUGCGAUUGCCGAGAAGGGUGCCGAUAUGAUCAAGGCCGAGUAUUCAGAGCUAUACGCUUAG